AUGGACUCGGAGAAAAGUUUCUUGUCUUUCUACUUUCUUGAUGCAGAGAAAUACAAUUUAGAAGAAAAAAUACUAAUCAUCUCUCUUCCGAUCAGCGUUUUGGGAUGCAUAGGAAAUUCGGUUAUUUUAUGGAUCCUCUGCUGCAGGAUCAGGAUUAAAUUAAAUCUGUAUUUUGUGUGUGUGGCAGCUGCUAAUAACAUUGUAGACUUUAGCAUCAUUGCUAAGUAUGUUAUGUUUUUUAGACCAGUGUCCUUCAGUUUAAUGUAUCACCGAGUAUUGCAUGUUUUGCAUUUAAGCACUGAUCAAGCCAGCUUUUUUAUUUUUACAGCGAUUGCUGCCGAAAGAUGGUGCAUUCACUUUUUCCCUGUUUGGUAUAGAAGGUUUCGGCCCAUAAAUUUUUCAGCCAUGGUGUCCUUUUCUUUGUGGGGAUUCACCUCUCUGGUAUCAAUUGUGAACCAUUAUCUUUGCUCUCCAACAAUUGAAGUACACUUCAAGGACAUUGAGAAGUGUACAAGUUCAACCAUAAUACUAAUCAUCACUCAAUUAAUUUUUAUUCCAAGUAUGAUAUUUUUUUCUUUGGGCAUAAUGAUUAGAAUUCAUAUGAGACAAGAAGAAGUUUCUCCAAUGAGACUAGAUGUUACCAUUGUAGCCACAGUUCUUCUCUUUCUGAUGUUGACUGUACCAUUUCACAUAGCUAGGAUCUUGUUAUACUGGGUCGACAGCAUUGAUGGAUAUAUUCUGGGUAGCCUUAACACACUAUUGGAGUCUGUCAGCAGUUCUAUCAGUCCUUUUAUAUAUCUCAUUGUUGGAUGUUGGAAGAAGCCGAAAAUGGAGACACCCUUUGUGUUUCUUGAAAUAGCUUUGUCAGACAAAACAACCAUGCUUAUAAAAACACAAACAGAGACUUAA